AACCGGGCGCUUUUAGGAUCGGGUCACACGCACUUUUGAGAAGUCACGUCAGUUUGGAAGAGGAGCUCGACCCACCUGAUGAUCCUUGGCUCAAUCCGCUCCACCUUACUCACCAAGGGACGGGAAACUAAUCUACCUCUUAAAUUCAACCCGAAUACGGGCGUUUUAUAGUAGCUAUUACCCAAAAAAAGUCGCCUUUUGUAACUUCGCGUGCGCACGCCGUCUAGUGAUUGUUUUAUAGGGAUAUUAAAGGGGUCGCUAUCAAGCCCAAAACAUUGCACUACGUUAGAUCGCCUUUCCUUUAUUAUUAUUAUUUUUUAGUUUUUGCACUUGAGUAUUUUGUAAGGAUGCAUACCACCCAAAAGGACACCACUUACACCAAAAUAUUUGUCGGCGGUCUUCCGUAUCACACGACGGAUUCCAGUCUAAGGAAAUAUUUUGAGGUGUUUGGGGAAAUUGAAGAAGCUGUGGUGAUCACCGACAGACAGACUGGAAAGUCCAGGGGUUAUGGAUUUGUAACUAUGGCGGAUCGAUCAGCUGCUGACAGAGCUUGCAAGGACCCCAACCCCAUUAUCGAUGGGAGGAAGGCCAAUGUUAACCUGGCUUAUCUGGGAGCCAAGCCACGAGUGAUGCAGCCAGGUUUUACUUUUGGCGUUCCUCAAAUUCACCCUGCUUUCAUCCAGAGACCAUAUGGGAUCCCCACUCACUACGUGUACCCGCAAGCCUUCAUGCAGCCCAGCGUUGUCAUCCCUCACAUCCAACCAACUGCAGCCUCCGCGCAGGCUACUUCGCCUUACAUCGACUACACGGGUGCCGCCUAUGCGCAAUAUGCCAGCGCCGCAACCGCAGCGGCCGCCGCCGCCGCCUACGAGUACCCUUACGCUGCCUCUCCCGCCGCAACCGGCUACGUAGCGACCGCCGGGUACGGCUAUGCCAUGCAGCAGCCUCUGGCCACAGCCACGCCUGGAUCUGCAGCCGCAGCUGCAGCUUUCGGUCAGUACCAGCCCCAGCAGCUGCAAGCUGAACGGAUGCAAUAGCAACCAAUGAAACGGACGGGAGAUGUCCGUGAAGCUGACGCCCAGCGACUGCUACUAGAUGAUGAAGAUGAUGAUGAUGAAGAGGUGCAAGAUGGUGAAGAAAACAGUUGCUGGUUGUGGGUUGAUUGCAAGAGGAGGAAAAUUCGGGAGGGGGAUAGUAACUGAUAGAGAUUGUUAGUGAGGUGGGAACGUUGCUUUCCAACUUGCUGUGAUUAAACCAAAAACGAAAAAAAGUUGAAGAAAAGGACGGAAUCUAGCUUUUUACUAUUAUCAAUACCAAUAUUAUUAUUAUUAUUAUUAUUAUGUUUAUUACCAUAAUUAAUAUUAGAGUAGUAUAUUUAUUGCGAAAGGAGUACGCAGCAACUAAUCACUGUGGUAUAGGCGCAUUGUAGACGAAACGAAGUCCUGAUGCUGUCAUUAAUGUAGGUGAGCAUUUUCAUUGAAGGACACUUGGAAAUGUCCCACAGUGUUUUGAUUCAAGGGCCCCUUAACUUCUAUUUAUUCUCAUUUUUGAGGGCUCCUUUUGUUUUGUCUUCUCAAGUGCAUUUUUUUUCGAUUAUCAGGGAGCGUUUUUCAGCGAAUUCGAAAAAGACAAACUCUGCCAAUCAGGGAUUGUAGACCUAAUUGUGGCGAAAUGGAGAAAGAUCCAGUGUUAGCAAUGUUUUAUGUGUUGUGAACUACCUUUUUAUCUAUCUGAUGCUGAAUGUCCCCCUUUCUCCUCUUUGACCUGUGCCUUGAUCUAUGCAAAAGCGAACUACGGACAACACCAAGUGCAGGAAAAGGAACAAUUUUCCCCCUUCUCCAGAGGCAUCGAACAAUUUGAAGGCACUCUCAAGAGACAAAAAGACUGAUUGUAUUAUAUGCUUAUGAAUACACGUGGACUAACAUGUACACAGUUACACACAAAUUUAAGUGUUUGUGUCUACGGGCGAGGGACACAGAAGAUGAUAACAUGGGAAAUAAAGCUUGGGGCAUUGCUCAGUAUUAAAAAAAAAACCCAGUAUCAGGCAGAAACUACUGAGUUGGGAAAACAAGCACUGAUGUACACACAGUGGAAAUGCUCGGGGGCUUGUUUGUGAAGCUGUCACCGUUUAAUCCCCACGCCCAUUUGGAAACCGGUCCUGGUUUGGCUCUGUCAACAGCUCCCCCUCCUUUUAAAGAGGUUUGUAGCAGAGACCACCUGUAAAUCCUCCCAAUAUCACCCACAUCCUCUGCAUCACCAGCAGGAUAUCUUUUGUGACAGAGACCCCUUACCAAAAAAAGACAAGGAGCCGUGAAAAGGGAGGGGUUUCACCCAUUACGAAUGCACCGCUAUCAGUCAACACUAACGAAAAGCGAUCUCUCCACUAAAAAAAUAUAUAUGUCUGAGCACCAGCAACUUUUCUCAAUAAGGUCUAUGUAUUUCAAUGAGCAACUCUUACAGCACUAUUACUAAAAGGAUCCGAAUCUGUGCGUACGGGGGUUCUUUGUGUGCCUUACAUUUGUAAUGCUAUUUAAGAUAUUUAUUUUGAGUUGACUUAUUUUGCGCUCUAAGAUCACAGACUUGGAUGCGGUACUGUAUGGAUAUAAUGUAUUCAUCUCAUGGCAUAUUAUAUAAGUUAUUGAGUAGGUUUAGUUGUAGUAUUAACAUAUUCAACCAAAAAUGUUGGUCUAGGACUUAUUUAAGAUACAAUUCUCUAUGUGCACUGUACAAUUCUACUUUUUUCCUUUCUAUACAUUUGGAAUUUUAGAAGGCGACAUUAAAUAUCGGCCGAUCGUACGACAUUUGUUUUAUUGCAGGCCUGUUAUUCUAGGUUCUCUCCAUUUGUUAUAUCUAGAACUGUUUAAAGAAAAACUUUAAAAAGAACAAAAAAUACAUGGCGAAAAAUCUAAAGGACAUGCUGCUUCAUACACUAGAAUGUAUUGUCAAUGUCAAGGAUGGAUGCUGUGCUUAUGUUGCUUUAAAUAUGCAUCAGAUGGGCAAUUUUACACUGUUGAUAAUUUUUAUACUUGAACUCUUUCUUACAAGGGAAACUAAAAGAGUAACAACAUACACACACAAAACCUAAGACCUUUGUAAUUGUCACUGGAUUUAGGCAUGUAAAGUGUUAUUAUUUAAAUACAAACGUUAUGUAGGUAUUGAAACCUUAUUUCAGAUUUUCAACACUAUUUACUCUAAAUGAAAAUAAAAGUUUCUAUAUAUUAAAA